ACCUUAAAACAAUCCAAACACACAAAACUCCAAGAGAAAACAAAGAUGGCUUCAACUCCAACAGUUCUCAUCAAAACAGUCUUCCUCGUACUCAUCUUUGUCUCUUUUACAAUCACUCCGGCCACUUCAACGGCGCCGGAAGACUGCGCAAGCGAGUCAGCGAACCCAUGCGUCAACAAGGCUAAAGCAUUGCCUCUCAAAGUCAUAGCAAUCGCCGCAAUCCUCAUCGCAAGCAUGAUUGGUGUUGGAUUACCUCUCUUUAGCCGGAACGUGACGUUCCUUCAACCCGACGGGAACAUUUUCACUAUCGUUAAAUGUUUCGCUUCAGGGAUUAUCCUUGGAACUGGUUUCAUGCACGUUUUGCCUGAUUCUUUCGAGAUGUUGUCUUCACUAUGCCUUGAAGAAAACCCAUGGCACAAAUUUCCUUUCUCAGGGUUUCUAGCUAUGCUGUCAGGUCUUAUUACUCUUGUCAUUGAUUCCAUGGCUACGAGCCUAUACACUAGCAAGCAUGCAGCUGGGAUCGUACCCCAUGGUCAUGGUCACGGCCCCGGAAAUGACGUUACCUUACCAACAAAAGAUGGCGAUUCCGGGAGUGCACAACUCUUGCGAUAUCGAGUCAUUGCUAUGGUACUGGAACUUGGAAUCAUUGUUCACUCUGUAGUCAUUGGACUAUCUCUAGGAGCAACAAGUGACAUUUGCACCAUUAAAGGACUCAUCGCAGCUCUUUGCUUCCAUCAAAUGUUCGAAGGCAUGGGUCUUGGUGGUUGCAUUCUCCAGGCUGAGUAUACGAACAUGAAAAAGUUUCUCAUGGCGUUCUUUUUUGCGAUAACAACACCAUUUGGAAUAGCGUUAGGGAUAGCUCUUUCGACCGUUUACAGAGACAAUAGCCCAAGUGCAUUGAUCACUGUUGGAUUGCUCGAUGCAUGCUCGGCCGGAUUGCUCAUCUACAUGGCGCUUGUCGACCUUCUUGCGGCCGAGUUCAUGGGACCAAAGCUUCAAGGUAGCGUCAAGAUGCAGAUCAAGUGUUUCAUCGCGGCUCUUCUAGGGUGCGGCGGCAUGUCCGUCAUUGCCAAAUGGGCUUAAAGGACUUCCUCGGAUAGUACUGCAGAAUUUGAAGUCAUGUGGAUUUCGUUGUGGAACUCAAAACCUUAUUAGGUUUAAGCCCGACUCUUUAUCGUGUUUUCCCUUUUACAAGAUAUAUUUACG